AUGGGGUCAUGAAUCACAUGCAAAAUGCUGGGAAUGCUGAGGACCCAACUCAUUUCAGCACACCACUGGACUGCCUCGUCUCAUUCCAACACCCGCGGUCGUGAUGUGACUAGACACGCUGGGUUUUUACAUAGUUGGUAGGUAAGUUAGCACGCUACACUGCGAUAAUUCAAAGCAGUUAAAGGAUCAGCGGCUAGAUUCCCGAACGCGCCGAGCUGCAGAUGCCUGUCUCUUCCCGAGCGGAUGACCAAGCUUAGUCGCAGCCAGGCCGCUGUCACUGUCGCGUGCCCAUUGAUAGCGUCGAGCCCGCCCUGCCCUCAGCUGUAUACAUAUUAUCUAUAAUACGUACAGCCAAGCUGGUUGCUGUGACCCGACGACGCCUGCAACAAACACCCCCGGCCGGCCGGGAGGGCCUGAUGCAUCUCUAAUCCGCUGUUUGUCUCUUGUCCUCCUCGCCGCAGCCAUGGGGGCCUUUGCGAGUAUCUGGCAGACGGUUGCCUAUGUCGUCAGCUUCUGGUACAUUAAGCUCUUUGGCUGGUGGCGGUCCCAGCCGCCCAAGGCCCUGUGGAUGGCGCGGCUGCGCAACGCGACCACGUACGAGGACUGGGAGGCCGCGGCGCUGCAGCUCGACAAGCUGCACGGCUUCGACCUCUGGCGCGAGAUGUCCCAGUCCAAGCAUUACGACUGGGCCCUGAUCAAGGACCGCCUGCAGCUGCUGCACGACACCCGCGUCGACCCGACCCAGCACCACCGCCUGCCCAACCUCAUCCGCUCCGGCCUGGUGCGCAACCUGGGGAACAUCACGUCCCCCAAGCUGUACAACUGCUCCUUCGCCGGCACUAAGCUCAUCAUCGAGGAGUACAUCGCCCAGGUCAUCUUUGCCAUCGAUGACUUCCUCGCCGCCCCCAUCACCGCGACUGCUACCAGCCCGUCCCGGCAGCAGCCCACUAGCCCCGCCGUCGACGAGGAGUCUUGCGACCAGCCCACGGAUGACCAGCCCUCCCGGGCCCCAGGAGCUGCCGCGGUAUCCACCGGUGGCCAUGCUGCCUCUGCCAACGCCGCCGCUCCCCGGCCUGCUCCUACGUCUCCGGCUCUGUCCAUGCAGGCCAAGAUGACCUUCAUCCACGACACCCGCCAGGCCUUUGGCCGCACGAGUCUGAUCCUCCAGGGCGGCUCAAUCUUCGGCAUGUGCCACCUCGGCGUCGUCAAGGCCCUGUUCCUGCGCGGCCUGCUCCCCCAGGUCAUCACGGGCACCGCCGUCGGCGCCCUGAUCGCCGCCCUGAUCGCCGUCCACACCGACGAGGAGCUGCCGGGGGUGCUCUCGGGCGAAGCCAUCGACCUGUCCGCCUUCACGCCGACCUCGGGCAAGUCGACGCCCCCGGCCGCGGACGCGGAUUCCUCGUCCUCCGUCGCCGGCAGCAUCGCGGCCUUUGUCGCCUCGGUCCUGUACGCUUGCGCGCCCCUCUCGUCUAGCUCCACACGCCGCUGGAUGACGCUGCUCCGCCGCCUCAGGCGCUUCACCGAGAAGGGCUACUUCCUCGACGUCGACGUGCUCGAGCGCUGCGUCCGCGACAACGUCGGCGAGCUCACCUUCCAGGAGGCCUUCAGGCGUACCGGCCGCGUGCUCAACAUCACUGUCGCAACGGCCGAGCAGGGAGGUGUGCCCACGGUGCUGAACCACAUCACCUCGCCUCAUGUGCUGAUCUGGACCGCUGCGGCCGCCUCCAACGCCGACUUCCCGUCCCUGUACGGACGCGAGACGCAGCUGCUCUGCAAGCGGCCCAACGGCGAGAUCGAGCGCUGGGGCCCCGCAAACGCCAUCAACUUCCGGCACUGGACCGAGGCGGCCUACGGCGAGCGCAACUCGCCGCUCCGACGCAUCGCCGAGCUCUUCAAUGUCAACAACUUUGUCAUCAGCCAGGCCCGCCCCUACGUCGUGCCGUUUCUGCGGCCCGACAUGCACGGCCCGACGUCGUCGUCGUCCGUCUUUGGCGGCGGCGGCGGCAGCGCUACGGCCACGGCCUCGGCCGGCGCCGGCCUCGCCACCUCGACCCUCGGCUUCUUCCUGCGCCUGGCCGGGCUCGAGGCCCGCCACCGGCUCCGCCAGCUCGACCAGCUGGGGCUGCUGCCCACCAGCAUCCGCCGCUUCCUCGUCGACGACCGCGUCCCCGGCGGCGGCUCCGCCCUCACCCUCGUGCCCGAGGUGCGCGCCUCCGACUUUGCCCGCCUGCUCGAGGUGCCCACGCGCGACGCCCUCGGCUACUGGAUCCACAUUGGCGAGAAGAGCGUGUGGCCCGCCCUGUCGGCCCUCGAGGUGCGCUGCGCCAUCGAGACCAAGCUCGACUGGGCCUACAGGCGCACCAGGCGCAUGAGCACCAGCCCGCCUUUGUGGCAGGAUGCGGCGGCGGCGGCGGCGGCGGCGGCGCAGGGUGGAACUGGAAGCAAGGGCAGCAACACGGACACGACGUCUGUGAAGCAGGCGAGAGCUGGCAAGGGGUCGCCAGGUUGAAGUUGUCAAGGUUCCGGGAUCCAAUGUCUGCGCUCUUGUUGUUUUCUCCAACGUUUUCGUGCCUUUUUUUUUGUACUAUAAUACGUCACAACGCAUGGCUUCUCUCUCCAUGUUUCCUAUGUUCUCCUGAAUGGACAGACCUAAAGGUCCUUGAUGUAUUGCAUUCAUCCCAUACCUCCAAAAGAAAAAAAAACACAACCCAAAAGAAAAAAGAAAGCCAACAAAAAAAAACUCCCUAGCCAUUGCUCAUCCGCCUGCUCCACCGUGCAGCCUCUUGCCUCCGCUGC